AUGGAGUCUUUGCAUUUAUUUCUGCGGGAAGCAACACAAGAGCUUUUGUAUAAUAUUGUUUAUGAUGAAUGUGAGGUCAAUAAUAAUAAUGAUGGAGGAAUUGAAUUUCGCGAACUGAGCGAAAAAUUCGAGACAAGAUUUGGCUAUCGACCUAUGGAUUUCUUCAACUUUGGCAAUGAAAGUCGAAAAGGAUGGGUCAGCUUUUUAAAGUCAUCGCCCGGAUUAUGUUUUAUUAAAAGGAAAGUAUUCAUUUUUGAAAACGAAAUUGGUAAGUGUGUAGCGUACAAGAAAUUUAACGAAACGAAAAUACAUUUUACGCACGAAUCACUUAAUAUUACUGUCGCAAAGUAUCGUCAAAUGCUCAUUCAAAAAGCGUGCGAUUUAGUUUCACAACAAACCGAUGCUGUUUGCACUGAUGUCACCGAUUCGCACGGAAAUACUCCUUUAUAUUUAAUCGCUGCUUUACCAUGUAUUGACCACAAACCGACUCUUGUACAGUACUUGUUAAAGGCCGGCUUUAAGCCACACUAUGAGAAUAACAAUGGUCAAACUAUGCUUCACAUAAUCGCCGGUAGAAUGCAAGCGGAAGUCUGUAAAAACGAUGACGGUAGUGUUCGUAUAGAUUGUGAAUCAUUUGGAAAGAGGAAAUUUGACCCAAGUAGAUGGCCUGCUAAUGAUAGAACAGCCCUUCUAAAACUUUUCUCCUCAGAAUUAUCGCACAGAGAGCUCACUGUAUUAGCAAAUACACCUAACAGGGAUGGAAAUACAGCAAUGCAUGAGUGGGUUAUCUCCUUGUCAACCAUAACUUCUCGUGGCUUACAACUUGGUUUUGACGUGGCAGAGAAAGAAAUCGGCCUACAGUUAUUGUCUUUCGGGGUGAACCUACGACAACAAAAUGACUCGGGGGAUAUACCACUUCAUUUUGCAUACAAUUCAGAAAUAUUUCAGUUUCUGCUUGAAAAGAGCAAACAGAAAAGUGUGGUUUGUUGUCGAGCGAGAAACGAACGCGAGGAAACCCCGCUGUUGUGCAUCUUAAAUUACGCAACAAACCUUGUAUCGAACUCCACUAAAGAAGAGAAGAAAAUGACAGCCGUGUUCCUACUGCAACAAUUAACGGAACUUGUUACGAAAAAUGAACACAUUUGCAAGACAGCGUGGAUGCCUGAUGAGAGUGGCAAUUCUGCUGUGGACAUUAUCCUGAGUACUCUGCGGAAGAUAUCACACAGUCACAGCUCGUCGGAACCUGGCAUGUUUCUUACAAAUUUUAUCGCCCAACACGUAUUUGGUUCAUCAUCUCAGGAAAAGAAGAAUGGUAAAUGUUGUGAAUUCCGAAAACAUUUGAUUUCAUUACUUGAAAGAAGCCUUUGCGUUGCAAAUGAGUACGACCUAAACCGACGAAGCCUCUUACAUGAAUUAAUUGAUCUUGGCAAUAUGGAACUGCUUCAAAGCGUUGAAAUGCUUUUGAAAAACAACGCAAAAGUAAACGCAAUUGAUUCGAAGGGUCGUACUCCACUGGAUGUGAUCAAGGAAUACAAGUCCACAAUGCCUUCUAAUUCUUUCUUCAUGGAAUGCGAAAAAAGGCUUCUACAGUAUGGGGCAACGUGUGGACCCUCCUUGAGUUCUUCCGUGGACGAUAAAACGUCAGUACCAAAUGUCGACAACAAAGUGCGCAAAAUAUUGAGCUGUCCAAAGAAACACUCACAUAGUGCACAACGCCUAAUUAAAAACAACGACAAAGUUACUGUGGUAGAUGGAAAAUAUCGUUAUUCCAGUCAAGAUCCAAUUGGUUCGGGCGCAUUCAGCUCAAUCUUUGUCGCUGUGAAGGAUGAAAACGUGCACAACAAAUCUGGUAGGAUUGACUGUCGUGUUUACGCGUUAAAACGAAUGGAAAAAGCAAAGAGGAAUCCAGAUGAGUUCAAACGCGAAAUCAAUACCUUGCUUUUUGUGUCUGGCAAAUGUGAGAAUAUAAUUAAAUACCACGAAUCUCUCGAUGACAAUAACUUCCAAUACCUUUGCCUUGACCUGAUGGACGGUGAUCUUAAUGAGUUUGUCACAAACAACAUUGUUAAUGAAGUUCUAACGAAGGAUCCAGUGAAACGUGUGCAAGCUACCAAAGAGAUUAUCAAUGGUUUGGAAUACCUUCACGGACAGAUGUUCAUUCAUCGCGAUCUCAAACCCGGAAACAUCCUGUAUACCACAGAUCCUGCUCUGCACUUCAAGAUCGCCGACUUUGGACUGACAAAGAACAUGUCCACUUCAUUAUCUACGAUGGCGUCAACCAGGAGGAGUGGUGUUGCCAUGGCACCGGGUACGCGAUGUUGGAUGGCUCCUGAACUGAUCAGUAUGAAAUCAAAAGAGCAUACCCAACGGUCAGAUAUAUUUUCCUUGGGACUGGUGUUUCAUUAUCUUCUUACUCUGGGCAAACAUCCUUUUGCAACAGGAAGUGAAGAACCAGCUCACGUUAUCGAGAGAAGAAUCGUCGAUUCACAGAUUCGGCUCAAUCGAGAUCUUGAUCCCGAAGCUCGAAGUUUUCUUCAGCAACUUCUGAACCAAGAUCCUUCCAAGCGCCCGCCAGCAAAAUAUCUCAAGCAGCAUCCUUUCCUUUGGAGCGAGAGAAAAAAGACCGAAUUUCUUAAAGCGGUUGGUGACCAACCAGAAGCCGCCAGUCCAACUAAUUAUCCUAACUCGCCAUUGGAGCAAAGUUUGCAGCUGACAAACAUUGGCCAGAUCGUGCAGCGGUCCCGUUGGGGUCUUGUAAAUCGUCACAUGAUUGCUUUGUUUGCAGAAAUUACCACAGCUCGGAAACAAAAGAAGUAUAGAACUGAUAAAGUGAUCGAUUUGCUAAGAUUCAUCAGAAAUGCAUACGUUCACAAGCAAGAGAGAUCGCUAAAAUUACAAGAUGAUCUUGACAGAAAUAUUUUCCUACAGUUAUACCCUUCUCUUGUUCUUGAUGUUUUCGAUGUAGUACAGAAACUUGGUUUCCUUAACGAUACAAACCGUACCAAUAUUCAACAAGCUUUAAUGUUGAUCUAA